AUGGAAGAAAAAUCGAUUACAAACACUCAAGAACUUUCGAAACUCACAAUAAACUUUGACGAACAUCCGGAAGCCUUUGUCGUCAUUGAACUUUGGAAAAUAUAUAUGACAAGCAAUGAAAAAUUCAGAUCUAAUAAAUCAAUAGUAAACGAAAUUCAAAACUGGUUAAAUGAAAAUAAACUACAAGGUACUAAAGUUUAUUACGCUGUAUAUAGAAAAGUUAACAUUUAUAAACUCUAUAGUUUGCUAGGAUUUAUAUUAAAAAAUGGUAUCGGAAUAAAAGCAGAUGAAAAUCGAGCGUUUUAUUGGUAUAAACGAGCAGCUGACGAGAUCGAUAACCCGUUCGCUCAAAGUCGAGUGGGAAACUUCUAUCAAUUUGGCGAAGGAACAGAAGUCAACUAUGAAUCUGCAUUUUCAUACUAUCAGAAAUCAGCAUCGCAUGGCAAUGCUAUUGGUAUUUACUAUCUUGGUCUUUGCCAUGAAAAAGGGUGCGGUACAAAUCCAAACAGCAAGCAAGCAUUUGAACUUUAUAAACUAUCAGCAAGUGUCGGAUUUCCAGAAGCUCAAUAUAUGCUAGCCACCUGUUAUUAUCGUGGAUAUGGAACACGAAUAAGUCUGCAAAAAGCCUUUUUCUGGUAUUUUCUGGCAGCGGAAGAUGGAGACAAUGAUCGUGCCAAAUUCGCGAUUGGAUAUUGCUUUCGGAAUGGUUUUGGUUUGGUGAAGGAUAUUCAUGCGUCGUUAAAAUUUUUUCGAAGAACCGAUGGAGCUCCUGAAGUAUCAAGCGAAGCUUUUAUCCAUUUUGACAGGAUAUUUAGGUACCGUCAUGGGUGA